CCUUACAUAAGCAGGCAAAGCUCAUUAACUUAACUACCUUAAAAAACUUAAACUCAAACACUAAGCUAUGGCUUCAUUUUGGCUUAAUCCUAUUCGUUCCCUUGCCUUAUUAGUACUCUUAUUAUUACACUCAUCUCUCCUUUUUAAUAAUGUAGCUUCAAAACAUACCCUCUCUUCUGCACAUCAUCAUCACCACCGAUCUCACCCUCAUUCUUCUGCUUCAAACCCAAGACUCAAACGAGCUUAUAUCGCGCUUCAGGCAUGGAAAAAAGUAAUCUUUUCUGAUCCUCACAAUUUCACAUCCAACUGGGUUGGUCCGAAUGUAUGCAAAUAUAAUGGUGUUUAUUGUGCAGCUGCAGUUGAUGACCCUACAAUUAAAGUUGUUGCUGGUAUAGACCUAAAUUUUGUUGAUAUAGCAGGUUUUCUUCCCGUCGAGAUAGGCCUUUUAUGUGAUCUUGCACUCAUCCAUUUAAAUAGCAAUAGAUUUUGUGGUCUUAUCCCAGAAAGUAUAGCUAACCUUACACUUCUCUAUGAGCUUGAUCUAAGUAAUAACAGAUUUGUGGGUCUUUUUCCUUCUGCUGUGCUUUCACUUCCUAUGCUGACCUACUUAGACCUUCGUUACAACGAGUUUGAAGGGCCAUUGCCUCCUGAACUUUUCCAGAAAAAACUGGAUGCAAUAUUCAUUAAUAACAAUAGAUUUGCUAAUGUGAUUCCAUCUUUUCCAACUGGAAGUACAGCUUCUGUUAUUGUAAUAGCUAACAAUAAGUUUGGAGGCUGUCUGCCACCGAGCAUAGCGAAUUUUGCAGAAACUUUAGAAGAGUUGCUGUUAAUUAAUACUAGCUUGACAGGGUGUUUGCCACCAGAAGUAGGUUACCUCUACAAUUUGAGACUGUUGGAUGUCAGCCAUAACAAUAUAGUUGGUUCUAUACCUUAUAGCCUCGCAGGGUUAUCUCAUUUGGAGAUAUUAAAUUUAGCUCAUAAUAUGAUGGAUGGAAUUAUCCCUUCUGGAGUUUGUAUACUACCAAAUUUGUCCAAUUUUACUUUCUCUUACAAUUUCUUCUGUGAAGAAGAAGGCAUAUGCAUGAAUCUGACAGCUAAAGGCAUUGCUUUUGAUGAUCGUCGCAACUGUUUACCAGACAAGCCACUGCAAAGAAGCAAGGAAGAAUGUAACCCAGUAAUCGAGCAUCCUGUAAACUGCUACGAGCAGCGGUGUUCUGCUGGUGGCAGAAAUUUUGGUGGCGGUGUAGCUCCCGUUGGUCCAGCGAUAGCACCUGCCGCCACUCCUUUGUUGUCACCUGGUAUUGCUCCUAGUUCUACGUAAUUAAUCUUGUAAUACAGUUUCCAUAAGAUCAAAAUAAGUUUCAAUAUUCAGUCUGCAGGCGACCUUGUAAAUAAGUUUUUAUAUGAAUUUAGAACAUGAAUGUAUAUACUGCUUGAAAAAACUGGGGUGCUUUACCACCUAGAAACUUUGUAACCAUUUCCUUUUCUUCAAGAUAGGCUUGUAAAUGAAAAGCAUAUUAUCUUUAUUUGCUAUACAAAAUUACACUCA